AAAAAAGGAACAACAAUACGUCGGGCGUACUUGAUCGCUGGCGUGAAUUGAAGUGUGCUCUUUGAUAUCUACACUCGUGUCAACGGCUAAGACCAUGUGCUGAGAAGGUGCAGCUUCUCAGGGUACCCCCGGUGAAACGGUUGAAUUUUGAUCGUUUCUGCUCGUCGGUGCAAAAAUCACGAAUAAUUUGAUCUCAUGAUGAGGAUUUUCUUCUUGCUAAGCGCCAUCGCGAGUCGCGAUUUGUUCGCCGUUGUGUCUGCCGACAAGAACCCUUUCGCGUCAGAGUCCAAUGCGCUGCUUUACCUCCAACAGUUCGGAUACAUGGCUCCGAUGAUCCACGAUUCCAAUCGUUCCACCGCGGCACUCAUCGAUGGACGCGCCAUGAGACACGCGGUCGAAAAUUUCCAGAGAAUGGCCGGCGUCAACGUUACGGGUGAAAUAGAUGAUGAAACUGCCAAAAUGAUGAAUAUGCCUCGUUGCGGCGUGAAGGAUAUGGUCGGAAAUGGAUUCAGAGCCAAACGCUACGUUCUCCAAGGCACGAAAUGGGUCAAUAAGGAUCUCACCUACACGAUAUCUAAAUACCCGAGGAGCGUUUCCAAUAAGGCAAAGGUCGAAGCAGAAUUAGCGAAAGCGUUCAAAGUUUGGAGUGAUCACACACCGCUAACGUUCACGCUGAAGAAGACAGGACGGGUCAACAUAGAAAUCUCUUUCGUCACUGGAGAACACGGCGACGGCGAUCCAUUCAGUGGUCCAGGGGGAACUCUCGCGCACGCCUUCUUCCCUCGGUACGGAGGAGACAUCCAUUUCGAUGACUCGGAGAAAUGGACCAUAGAAGAAUACGGAGGCAUAAAUUUGUUCCAAGUCGCGGCUCAUGAGAUCGGGCACUCGUUAGGUCUCUCGCACAGCGACAUCAGGAGCGCGUUGAUGGCGCCCUUCUACCGAGGCUACGACCCUUAUGCGAAACUGGACGAAGACGAUAUCGACGCAAUCCAGAAAGUCUACGGCAAGAAGACGUCGAGCAAAACGACCGACAAGCCUAAGCGGAGGAGACCGGUGACGUCGAGACCCAAGUUCGCCGAGCCGGAUAUGUGCUCCGACACUCGUAUCGACGCUAUAACCCGAACCGAGGACAAGUCCACAUACGUUUUCCGCGGCCAGUGGUACUGGAAAUUGGAAGCGGAGGGCAUCGCCUCUGGAUAUCCUCGGAAGAUCCAAGACGACUGGGCGGGCGUGCCAAACAACAUCGACGCCGCUCUGACGUGGUCCGACGGAAAAACAUUCUUCUUCAAAGGUGGUCUCUACUGGCGCUUCAAGAAUAAAGUCGCGGCAUCCGGAUACCCGCAAAAAAUUUCCGUCGGAUUCGCUGGCAUCCCCAACGAUAUCGACGCCGCUUUCGUGUGGAGCGGCAACGGCAAAACUUACUUCUUCAAGGGCGACAAGUACUGGAGAUACGACUCCCGGGCCGAGGUGCCAGUCAGCAGUCGGUAUCCACAGGAAAUUUCCGUAGUCUGGGAGGGCAUCCCGUCCAACAUCCACGCCGCGUUCCAAUGGCAGAAUGGAUACACUUAUUUCUUCAAAGAUCAGACCUACUACCGUUUCAAUGACAAGGAUUUCACCGUCGACCAAGGCUCCCCGGCGUAUCCUCGCAGCACCGCAGAAUGGUGGUUCGACUGCAAAGAGUCCAACAAGAGUUAUCUUCGAGCAGCGGCGAACAGCAGCCAAACGCAUCAAGGAGAGAAAAGUCGUCGGGAUGUUAACAAUGUCGACGACGACCAUAUCAUCGGAAAAGUCGUCGAUGUUCAAGCGGGAGCGCUGCUGGAAGGUGUACACGAGCUACACGAAGAAGCUCUCACGCGCUCCGCAGCCGCCUCGUCUGCGCUCAACCUUGCUCUGGUCAUCUCGUCGUUGAUAGUGAUGCUAGUUUUAGUCUAGGACUGAAGCGGAAUGUGAGUCAACAAAUUCACGGUGAUGUUGGAAUCGCGAUCGAAGCCGGAGUGGCGAGGGUUUCUCAGCGCGUUUUCAAUUUGUACAAAAGCAUCCAAACUCCUGGAGAGUGGAAGAUGGGCGGCUCCGGAAGACGUUGCCUGUGCUAUGUCUCGAUAUUUAAGGUGUAAUUUAUUUUUGUAAACAGCUUCAAAUGAACAAAUGCUAUAGAGGAAUAAAUCCAAUCGAACCGUGGUAUCGGAU